GAAAGAUGGUUCGCAAGGGAGGCCGGGAAAUCCGGGUCGUUGGCCACCAUCUUCCUCUCUAUGAGCGGCGGUGACAGCGGGUCGCUGCGAGCUGAGCCAUGAAGCUGAUAACCAGAGCCGGCUCCUUCUCGAGAUUUUAUUCCCUCAAAGUUGCCCCCAAAGUUAAAGCCGCAGCUGGCCCUACAGGAACACCCCUACGGCCUCAAGACCUUGAGUUCACCAAAUUACCAAAUGGUUUGGUGAUCGCUUCUUUGGAAAACUAUGCUCCUGUCUCAAGAAUUGGUUUGUUCAUUAAAGCCAGCAGUAGAAAUGAGGACUUCAGCAACCUCGGAACCUCUCAUUUGCUUCGUCUUGCAUCUAAUUUGACUACAAAAGGAGCUUCAUCUUUCAAGAUAACGCGUGGAAUUGAAGCAGUUGGUGGUAAAUUAAGUGUGACUGCAACCAGAGAAAAUCUGGCAUACCGUGUGGAGUGCUUGCGGGAUGAUAUUGAGAUUCUAAUGGAGUUCCUGCUCAAUGUCACCACUGCACCUGAGUUCCGUCGUUGGGAAGUAGCAGCCCUUCAGUCUCAGUUAAAGAUAGACAAAGCUGCGGCUUUUCAGAAUCCACAGGCUCGUGUCAUUGAGAAUUUGCAUGCUAUUGCUUACAAGAAUGCCUUGGGUAACUCCUUGUACUGUCCUGACUAUCGGAUUGGAAAAGUGACAUCAGAGGAGUUGCAUUUCUUUGUUCAGAACCAUUUUACCAGUGCAAGAAUGGCUUUGAUUGGAAUUGGUGUGAGCCAUCCCAUUCUAAAGCAAGUGGCUGAACAAUUUCUGAACAUGCGAGGGGGGCUUGGCUUAUCUAUUCCCAAAGCUAAAUACCUUGGAGGUGAAAUUCGAGAGCAGAAUGGAGACAGCCUUGUCCACGCUGCUCUUGUAGCAGAAAGUGCAGCCAUAGGAAGUACGGAAGCAAAUGCUUUCAGUGUUCUUCAGCAUGUUCUGGGCGCUGGGCCUCAUGUCAAGAGGGGCAGCAGCAGCACUGGCCUCCUCCACCAGGCCGUCGCCAAGGGAAGUCAGCAGCCCUUUGAUGUUUCUGCUUUUAAUGCCAGUUACUCGGAUUCUGGACUCUUUGGGAUUUACACUAUCUCCCAGGCUGCAGCUGCUGGGGAUGUUAUCAAAACUGCCUACAACCAAGUAAAAGCAAUUUCUCAAGGCACACUUACCAGUACAGAUGUCCAAAAUGCCAAGAAGAAGCUGAAAGCUGGAUACCUAAUGUCAGUGGAAUCUUCUGAGGGUUUCCUAGAUGAAGUUGGGUCCCAGUCUCUCAUUGCCGGUUCCUAUGUGCCACCCCCUGCCACCCUUCAGCAAAUUGACACUGUCACUGAUUCUGAUGUCAUAAAUGCUGCAAAGAAGUUUAUUUCUGGCAAGAAGUCAAUGUCAGCAAGUGGAAAUUUGGCCACUACCCCUUUUGUUGAUGAGUUGUAACCUGGAAGCUCUCAUGGCAGGGCAGAGAAACAUUUUCAGAGAAACCCUUCAGCAUCAAAAGUCUCUUAACAUGUAUCUUUUUCUCAGUGAAGUGAAAUACCUAAAGCAUAAAUACAGGUCAUUAUCUCAAUGACCUGGAGACAAUAAAACAGUCUGCU